GAGGCUCGCCCCAGCUUUGCCGAGAUCGUCCGGGUUCUGCGGGCCAUGGCUGAGGGGCCUCAGGCGGCAGCGAAGCCGGAUGGAGCGCAGGUGCGUGCCGCCUCUUCCAGCCAGGAGAGGCGAUCGAGGGACCCGGCAGCGAGCGCCAGGCGCGCCGCCAGCCCAUGCCCCAGGGUGCAUCCCUGUUUUGGCGCGAGCCCGCGACCUGGGGUUCUGCCGCAGUGGCCGCAACAGCAGCAGCAACAGUGGCAGCACCAGCAGCAGCACCAGUGGCAGCAGCAGCAGCAACAGCAGCUGCUGCAGCAGCAGCAGCAGUUGCAGCAGCAGCAAGAGCAGCAACAGCAGCAGCAGGAGCAUCAAGGCCAGAAGCAGCCUGAGUUGGAACUAUUUGCCUUGGAGUGCAUUCGCGCACAAGGCGUGGACUGCCAGAUGCUGGCGCCGGAGCGGCGCCGGAUCGUGCACGGGCUGUCCAGAGAGGCGGGCAACGUGCCGAGGGCCUUGGAGAAGAAGGGCCCGCUGCAAGUGGGGCGCGCCUUUCAGACUCCCCUCUUCGAGGAGAGCUGGUGGCGAAGAGCGUCUCCGGGCGCUCCACCAUCUCCCGGGAGCACUUCCAGGUAUGGGUGGACGCCUCGCAAGGGCGAGGCGCUUGCAACUUCAUCCUCCAGAACUGCAGCGGCAACGGCACGCGGCUCAACGACCAGCUCCUGCAGGGGCGAGGGGAGCAAGCUCCCCUGCACCACGGGGACCUGGUGA